CAUGGCAACAUCAACCAUACACUGAACUGCAGCAUCUAAGUUUAUUCUUUGGCGGACGUCAAAUCAGAGUCUACUUUAGUUUUAUAAAUAAAAAAAAAAAGGAAACCGAUGUCAUAUGUUUGAUUAAGGUAAAGAUGUUUUCAGACAGCUGGCUGCUGGAUUUAAUCCCGUUAGACAAUUAGCUUUUAGCUCACGUUAGCACGUGGAGCUAAUCUCCUUUUAUAAUCUCUGGCUGGUAUUGGUGUCGUUUUGUAACUCUGUGGACGAUUUUACCAACAAGCUUUACUCUGGUGGACUGAUAGUAAUAAUCUAUGCUGUUUUAAUGACCCUAUAACUGGUUUAAAAGGUUUAAUUUCCACAAAGUGAAGUAAGAAGAUGGAGAUACAUCUCAACAGAGUUGAUUACAUUCAGGUUGGUGUCACAUCCCAGAAAACUAUGAGGCUGCUUCCAGCUCUGGGCAAAAAGGCAACCCAGAAGGUUGCUAUUGCUGAUCACGAUGGUAUACUUACAUGUUUUGGGAUGAAGAAGGGUGAGGCAGUGCCCGUGUUUAAAACACUCCCAGGGCAAAAGAUAGCCAGAAUGGACCUAGGAGGUGCUGUGGGGACUGCUCAGGAGAAGAUCUUUGUAUGCUCAGGUUCUCAGGUCCGAGGCUUCACAAAGAAAGGCAAACAGUUCCUCACCUUUGACGCCAACCUAACUGAGAGCAUUAAUGCCAUGCAUGUCUCAGGUGCUGACCUUUUUGUGUGUGCAAGUUACAUCUACAACCACUACUGCGACUGCAAGGACCAAGACUACUUCCUCUCUGGAGACAAAAUCAAUGAUAUCACGUGUUUGUCUUCAGAAAAGGUCUCUCACCUCAUCCCGGUUUUAGCUUGCCAAGAUCGAGUUCUCAGAGUCUUGCAGGGGUCUGAACUUGCCUAUGACAUUGAAGUCCCUGGACCUCCAUCUGUCUUGGAACUGUACAAUAAAGAUGGAGGAGAAGAGGUCCUGUAUGGAACCAUUGAUGGAAAAGUUGGAUUGGUCCACAUUGGCGAGAGCUCAGCUGUAACCAAAUGGGAGAUUGACAAUGAAAAAAAGAAAGGAGGAAUUCUCUGCAUUGAUACAUAUGACAUUAUUGGAGACGGAGUAAAUGACAUCCUGGUGGGCAGAGAUGAUGGCACAGUCGAGGUCUUUGGUUUUGACAGCUCCAAUGAGCCCGGUUUACGCUUUGAGCAUGUGCUGUCGGAGAGUGUGACCUCCGUCCAGGGCGGCUGUGUUGGAAAAGAGUCUUAUGACGAGGUUUUGACUGCUACCUAUACAGGAUGGGUGACUGGUUUGACCACUGAGCCCCAGAAGGCUGAAGCCGGCACUGGAGAGGAGGUCAGGAUGAGCAAAGAGACGCAAUCAAAAGUAGAGGCACUCAGGGCAGAGCUGGAUUAUCUGCAGGUUAAAGUCCUGCAGGGACGUGAGCAGUACCAACAAACCGCUCAGUCCAGCACAGCUGUCUCUGCCGUCCCCGUCUUCAGCAUCAACGACAAGUUCACUCUCUGCCAGGACGAUGCCAGCUACAGUCUCACCCUGGAGGUCCAGACCGCCAUCGACAACCUGCUGCUCCAGAGUGAUGUCCCCAUUGAUUUACUGGAUGUAGACAAGAACUCAGCUGUUGUCAGUUUCAGUGAAUGCAACUCGGAGCAGCAAAAUGGAAACUUCCUUCUGGCCACGUAUAGAUGUCAGGCCAACACAACCAGGCUUGAGCUCAAGGUGAGAUCUAUCGAGGGACACUAUGGGACUCUACAAGCUUACAUUACUCCUAGGCUGCAACCUAAGACCUGCCAGGUCCGCCAGUACCAGAUCAAACCGCUGUCCCUCCACCAGCGGACUCACAGCAUCGACCCAGACAGACCAAUGAACCAUCUCAAUCUGGUGGGGCAGUUCAGCUUCGCAGAGAUUCACUCCUGGGUAGUUUUCUGUUUGCCAGAGGUGCCGGACAAAACACCCGCUGGAGAGAGGAUUACUUUCUACUUCCACAACACGUUUCUGGGCACACAGCUUGAAGCCACGUACUGCAAAGGUGAGGGACAUUUCAGGUCUGACAAUAUCUCUACUAUCUCUAUCCUGAGUGACGUUCUCUCUAAAGAAGCUACCAAAAAGAAAAUCAAUCUGAACAUUUCGUACGAUAUCAAUGAUGAGUCUGUGAACCACACCCUCAAGAUGAUCCAUCCCAAGCUGGAGUACCAGUUGUUUCUGGCUAGAAAAGUUCAGCUUGUUGAAGCUUUGAAAGAGCUUCAGGUUCACGAGGGGAACGCUGAUUUCCUCAUCCCAGAGUACCGCAGCAUCCUAGAUGAAUCUGCUAAUCUUCUGGAGGAGUUCAAGAAGCAGCCAGCACACCUUGAAAGGCUAUAUGGAAUGAUCACUGACCUCUUCAUUGACAAAUUCAAAUUCAAGGGCCAGAAUGUGAAAACAAAGGUGUCCUCAUUGUUGGAGAUACUUGAUAAUUAUGACUUAAAUUCACUGUUGGAUUUUUUUCAAUGAUACAUGAAACUGUGUGCUAGUCUUGUAUUGUAAAUACUGAUAGUUGUAAUUAAGUUCAAUGUUAUGUUGUCUUGUUCUUUAUUAACCUUUUGACUUACUUGCAGUGCAGACUAUUUAAAUAUUUAUAUCUUGUAUUAUUAAGUUAUCUUUUUGUAAGCACUUAAAAUAGUUCCACAUCAAAGUUGGUACAGAUUCCUUUGUAUUUUAGACUUUGAUUGACUUGACAUUUCAGUGACCAUUAAAACUAUCAAAACAACAUAGAAUGUAUGUUUUACAAGUGCAUUACAAGUGUUAUCCUAUAUGUGAACUUAGAUAUAUUUUUUUGAAAGUUUAGUGUUACAAUUAUAAACUCAUUGCCAUGUCUUAAUAGUUUUACUAUUUUCAAACAAACACCAAA